UUGGGCUUCAGAAUUUCCCUAAACGAACUUCAUUCGAUUUGAUCAAUCGACAGAGAAACAGGGAGAAAGUAGAGAGGAAAGUAUGAUCGGAGUAGGGAAGAUUAAGCAAUACUCUAACGUCCUCGACAAGCCGCUCAGCAAGGGUAAACAAGAGGUCAGUUUGAGUGCCUUUGCGUUCUUGUUCUCGGAGCUUGUGCAGUACAAUCAGACACAGGUUGACAACAUUGCUGAACUUGAAAGAAGGCUGGAGGAUGCAGGGUAUGCUGUUGGGGCCCGAGUUCUGGAACUUCUUUGCCACAGGGAGAAGGGAAACAGAAGGGAGACUCGAUUGUUGGGUAUUUUGUCUUUUGUACACAGCACCGUGUGGAAGGUUCUUUUUGGAAAGGCAGCUGAUUCACUUGAGAAAGGAACUGAACAUGAAGAUGAAUACAUGAUUAGUGAGAAGGAGCUCCUUGUAAACAGAUUUAUUUCAAUUCCGAAAGAUAUGGGGACAUUUAAUUGUGGAGCAUUUGUUGCUGGAAUAGUUAGGGGAGUUUUGGAUGGUGCAGGUUUUCCAGCAGUUGUAACCGCCCACUUUGUGCCAAUGGAAGGACAACAACGACCCCGCACUACCAUUUUGAUAAAGUUUGCUGAAGAGGUGUUACGAAGAGAAGCCAGGUUAGGUUGAUAUUAAAUCAUAGUGUGUUGUGCAACGACAUGACUGACAAUUGUCGCACAUCGGAAAACAAAUCCAAGUUCCUACCUGGCAGCCGCGGACGAAUUUGAACUCAUUUUAACUAAAUGGCAAGCUCUGGUGCACUUGAAUCUUCCAUCAACUAUAUUUGUUGAAUAUAAUGGUUAUUACUUUUCGUUGUUCGUUUAUCUAAAAACAAAAUCUUAUCACCGUCCCUCAGUUGUUUGGCUUUAGCAUUACCACGAACUUGAGAACUAGUAUUCCAUGAAAGAUAUUAGUUAAAUUUGUGUUUUAAGAGAACAUCACACCAGUUAGAGUCAAGUCUUUUCUCUCAUUGUCCGUCAAAAUUCUGGCUUGAUAUAAACUCGAAAUAGUGUUCCAUCCGGAAGAUCGGUUGAAAAUUAUGUUCAACGUGCUAAUGAGAUUCUGUCUUUCGAAAAAACCUGCCAAUGAUUUCUUAGAUCGGGAGUAAGCAGUGUCGCGGAACAGACACUUGCAGGAUUUUGAUUCAUAUUUCUGUAAACCUAAGGUGGAAAUUUUUGUUUUGUUAUUUGAAGAAGGCAUUGGACUGUC